AUGUCGGCUAAGAAGAGGAAAUCGGACAUUAACAUUGACAGUUGUGAAUUAGAAAAUGAAAGCGAUCGAAGAAAAGACAAACCUUGGUUCGAAGAACAAACGGUCACUGAUGGCUCCAAUAGGAGAAAAUCGUUUUUUGGAGGAAUGUUUAAAUUCAAGAAAAUGAAGAGUUCCUCGACUUUAAAAGAUAAAAAUACACUUGUGCCGGGACUUGAUUCAAUCAUGUCGCACAACAACGACAUUACUCAUUUAUCUCAAACAAGUGAAUCUAGCGCGACAUCAAUCGAUUCUUCCAACGUUUCACUGUUACCGAACGUUGGAAAAAACGCCGAUUUGCGCACGUUCGUCAAUCGGAAUCCGUAUACUGCUUCAGCGCCGGAAUGCCCGAAGUUGAAUGGCGCCGGUUUGAAUCCUCAUAGCGACGGAAAGCCAGAGGACAAUAUAUCAAUUUCUUCUCGUAUGAGCGUUGAUACGAUUGGAUCGAACCAAACAAUGGAAGAGGAUCGUCAAUCGGUUUCGUCGACUUCCAUGUUCUGUACACCACUUCGAGCGCCUUUGCGUAGAAACGGCGCCGCCCGAAUUUCAACCCGAAGUGUGCCCGACAGACAUUAUGACGAUCCAGCAUAUCGAACUUUCAAUAGUGUUUGUAAUAGUGUAAAACGAGUACCAUCGUCUGUUUCGGAGAAAUCAUUCACACCGAAUAGCGCUGCUCGUCGAUCAAUGCGACACAUGUCCAGAAAGUUGAUCAAUUCGUUUAAUAUGGAAGAUGUUCCGGAAGAUGAAGCAUUAACCACAGUUUCUAGAACAUUUUCCACAACAAUGGAUGAAGAACUAGAAGAAGAGAAAUUCGUCGAUGGUAAAGAAUUCUUUGCCAACAACGUUAUCCAAGCAACCGAAUCAGAAAGCAACGAUCGAGAAUCGAUUUCGUCGAAUGCCCGUCUCUCAGUUAGUUCUGAAUCAAGAAAAAAUCUCGGAUCGAGUAGCAUCGGCAGAAGCAACUCGAUACUCAAAAAAUUAAUGGGCGGAAUAAGCGGAAAAGAAAGAAGAAACAGCGAAGUUCAUCAAGACGAGUUCGAAAUUCAAAAUAACACUUCGAGUCGACGAGCUUCAAAUGUUUCAUUCUCCGCAGAAAGUACUAGCAUCUCGAACGGAUCGGCAUCAAACGGGCUUGGCCCAAAAAUGAGAAGCAAAACUGCUUCUGCAUCCAACAUCACUCAUCGAUUUUCGCUUUCCAAUAUGUUCAGACGAACUAAAGACGAUGAUUCUCAAUUUACGGGUCAGCCAAAUCGUCGAAGUACACUCACGGGUUAUUCAUCACAAUCUUCGGGAAUCGGAAGUAUUGCAAGCAUCAAUUCUGACGUAGCUUAUAAUAUGCCGCGAUUGAAUGGUACGAGCAUUUCAAGAAAUGGAUCAAAACGAGAGGAUGAAGUUCGAAAAGAGCGUUAUCGUCGUUUUCUGCGGUGCAUUUCAAUUGCUAAAGAACCAGCAGUUGAACUGAUACGAAAAAUGAAAGAAAGUAAAGCAAAAAAGAAGCAAAAAGAAAUAGAGGAACAAUACGAAACUCAAUUGAAUGAUUCCGGAUCAACAAUUGCAUCACAAAAUAGCGAUAUUGUGAAAUUUGAUGUUAUUUCAGUUGAUGUACAACAUGACGGGAAACCAGUUUCUGCUGCUGCAAAGGAAGUCGUAGAUUCAGAAAUGGCGAAGCGAAUUCUUAAUGAAAUUAGCAAUAGUUAUCGAUCUGAUAUUUGCGGAACACUUAUUGAAACAGAUCCCGAUGUGAUAUUCGUGUGUCCUCAACCAACCGCUACUUUCACUCGUGAUCUCAAUGACUCGAUAGCUUCAACUGGUGAUUUGCAUCCAACACUGCUACCAAAUGUUCGAAAUGGCGUAUCAAAGAGUAUUGAGCUUUGGAGUACUGCAGCUGGAACUCGUGAAGAAUCCACAAUGUUACUCUUCCCGAUGUUCUGCACAUCGGAAUUAGAAUGGGAUGCGCCGGAGACAAUUGAUGGGAUCUUCAAAAUGCUCGACACUUAUAUUCACACGAAACGUUGGAAAACUAACGGAAAAGUAUUACUCGCCGGUUUGACGGAAAACAAUACGCGUCUUCUCCAAGAGAAAUACGACGCAAUGAAGUUGUUCCUACAAGAAGACGAGGAUAAAACAGCAACAGAUGAUGCUCAAUCAUUGAAUAGUUCCGUUAUCUACACGAACGUAUAA